CCCUGUGUGGAUACAGCAACACAUUCCUCUAGGAGUCUCCUCUUCCUCCACGUGACCAACGGACCAUGGAGUUAUAAGAGAGUGAUGGGGGGAGUUGUAACUGUUACAGCUAUAGUAACAGUAUGGUCCUAGACAGUAUCAACACAGCCACCAACCCUCUCAAGAUGAGUCUAAUGGACGUCUCCAAGAUCUUCUCUCUGCUUCAGCCCAAGGAAGAGGAUGAGGAGGACAAUGAGCAUGGCCAGGCUCUGAACCAGGCAGUGAGCAGUGAUGACGUGGUGGUGUUAGCUGAGCUGUUGUCCCAGGAGAGCUACAGAAAGUCUAUCAACAGCAGAAGCGGCUGGGGGAUCCCUGUUACCCCACUACGGACUGCCGCAGCACACGGACACCUGAGGUGUCUGGAACUCCUGCUGGAGCACGGAGCGGAGGUGGACAGUCUAGAUGUGAAGGCCCAGACCCCUCUGUUUACAGCGGUCAGUGGUAAACAUCUGGACUGUGUUGUGGUCUUACUGAAGGCUGGAGCCGACCCCAACGGCAGCCCGUACAACAACUGUUCCCCGGUGCUGACCGCCGCCCGCGAGGGAGACGUGGAGGUCCUCAGGGAGCUGCUUCAGUUCGGAGCCGAGGUCGACGUCUGGCCCAAAGUCCCUGAGUGGGCCUCCAACGCCACAGCCUGCAGGGGACCCCUGUACAUAUCCGCUGUAUAUGGACACCUGGACUGUUUUAAGCUGCUGCUGCUCCACGGGGCUAAUCCUAACUAUAACUGUAAGUCAGAGAAGAUGCUGGCCAGGAUCAAGCAGCCCAAGACGGUGCUGGAGAUGUGUCUGAGGUAUGGCUGUAAAGUGGAAUACAUACAGCUGCUCAUAGACUUUGGGGCAGACGUGUAUCUGCCCACGCUGAUUAUUGACAAGACCACCAAGCAGAACGAAGCGGUGGCUCUGCUGCUCAAGGAGAGAGUUUGUCCCAAUACUCUGAUGUCACAGACACGGCUUGCGAUUCGGAGACACCUCCCCGUGGUUAAUAAAAUGACGUCCAUAGAGCGCUUGGACAUUCCCCAGAUACUGAGGAACUACCUGAAACAUCUCACAUGACCUCUAUCUCCUGACCUCUGAACUCUGCAUGAAGAUGAUGUCACAAAUGGAUACGCUAUAUGGCUGUGUCUCAAUAGUCUACAGUGGAUUCCUCUGCUUCAUCUCCACUGUUCUGAAAACACAUGUUAGGUGAAACAAUAUGGAGGAUGUUUUCUGCAAAACUUUCAAAAAAAGUGCAACAAUUUCAUACCAUCCUCUUCUGUCUCUACUGAGUGCAUCAUGGGCUGCAAAGUCCAGUUUAUUCUGUUUCUGUUGUAGGUGUGAACAAUAAUUAUGCCACGUUUGCCUUUGAAUAGCUGUAGAGGUUGAAUUAGAAUAAACAUGUUUAUUUAACUUAUUCUCUGUGAUUGAAUUCAGCAAGUGUUUGGUAAAUAUAAUCAUUGGAAAUUGGUUGAAGAAACUAUGGUGAAGACAAUACCCUCUCUUCUUGGACAGUUAUAUAAGUGCACAGAGCUUCAGGAGAAACCUUUAGUAAGUGUAAAACUACGAGUAACCACUAGGUGUCACACUACCACUGUAGAUAUAUUCUCCAUCUAUGAAAUCACUUCUCACCUUUGGCAAGUAAUCUUUGGUCAAGCUAAAAACAAUGUCAUUUGUGGAAUCUUGCUGGCAUUAGGAGUGUCCUUGCUGAUAGCUCAGCGACACAGUAUGGUGUAGUGCAUCAAACCAGGUUCAAACCCAGUCAGUCACUGGAGCAGCAAACAAACAGGGAAACAAGACAUUGCCUUAUUUGAACAGAAGGAUUAGUAAACAGACAGGAUAUUACAUCACAUUACAGGAUAAGGAUAUCCUGUCGAACGUCCACAUUGACCUUAGAACACAGUUCAGUAUAUAGAGGUUUUAAUUUCAACAGAAGUACAGUUAUAUCAAUGUGGUUCAGUUUUUACAGAGAAAUACAACAUAAUAAUUCCCAGUGCUCUUUGAUUACAUCAAAACAUAUACAUAGACUUCUCCACGAUCCCCAUUCACAGUUUCAGGAUUUGAAUAGGCAUUACUUAGUUUCAGGGUUGUUUUUUUCCAUUUCUACAACAAAUCAAAACAAACCUAAUCGAAGGCCAGAGAGAAAAUAUAUGUUCCUGCUAUUUGUACUGUACAAACAUGGUGAUGACAUUUCAGACUGACAGAUAAAAUAGAAGUCAUACCAGAGUCCCACCCCCUCCCCCCCCAUUCUAGAUGGCAAUGUGAAUGUACAGUGAACAGCCUAGUAGCUCCAACUAAACUUGUUACUUGUCUUGUUACCUGUUUCAGUGUCCAUACAUUAGUACCCUGAUUGUUCUGAAACCACAUACUACUGUAUAACCAACUAGAGAAAAGCAACAAGGAUUUGUAAUGAUGACUGUGUGUACGUCCCAAAUGGUACCCUAUUCCCUGUUUAGUGCACUACAUUUGACGAGGGCCCAUGGGGACUAUAUAGGGAAUAGGAUGCCAUUUGGGACGAAACCAGUGCAUCAUAUGUAUCAUGGCUGCUACAGAUUUCUCCUUCCUUCCAGCCCUAAAUAUAGACUCACCCGGCCAACAACAGACACCCGGCCAACAACAGAAUCAAGGGCUUAUUCUGUCAAUGACUAAAACAACAACAUUAAUAUCAACAUAAUACACCAUAUUACAUUUCAUAAAUAUGUGUGAUAAUAUUGGAAGGAAAAUAAAUAGUGUGUCUCCAAAAUGCACCUCAAAGAAUCCAUAACUGUGUUGAGUAGAGCUGCUGCCAUGAAUAGACGGAGUACAUGAAUGUAUUCAGGACCAUGGUUACAUAUAGCUCCUCCUACCAGGUUUCUGAUUGGUUCAGCAUAAAUACAUGCGAACACCAUGAACAGUAGAUAAAUCUCCUAUGUGGUGUGCCGAUGCCAUAGAAAA